AAUAAUUUGUCGGUAUCUCUCUCUCUCUCCCCCUGUAAAUUCCAGGUUACUGACACAUAGUAUGAAAUAACACUUUCAUCACUUCAGAUCAGAAAGAUUCCCCAUUUCUUCACUUUCCCUUUCUUUCUCCUUUUUCCCUACUCGGCAAAACACCAAUUACUCCACUUGCUAUAAAUACAAUUUUAAACAAAGAGGUAAUACUCACAGUACAAAUUGAGAACAACCAAACUGGGCGCCAACAUCGGGUCUAGGGUUCCUCCAAUUCAACACCUCUCACUCACUGUCGCUUCUUCUUCUCGAAUCUCAGGUAGUGAAAUUGUGGGGGAUAAGGCUCGGGGCCGAUUGUGUAAUUUGAUCGCUCCAUCGGUGGGGUUUCCGUUUCAUAGUCAUAGAUAGAUUACUAGUGGAUUGCAAAUGCCGGAAGAGGACUUGGUAGAGCUCAAGUUCCGGUUAUAUGAUGGGACCGACAUCGGUCCGUUUCGGUAUUCCACUGCCUCCACCGUAGCCAUGCUCAAGGAGAGAAUCAUCUCUGAGUGGCCCAAAGAUAAAAAGUUUGCACCCACUGCUGCAAAUGAUGUCAAAUUGAUAAAUGCUGGCAAAAUUCUGGAGAACAGCAAGACUGUUGGUCAAUGUAGAACACCUUUUGGCGAGCUUCCAAAUGGUGUCAUCACCAUGCAUGUUGUUGUGCAGCCAUCUUUAGCUAAAGUGAAAACAGAAAAGAAGGUUGAUGAGGCUGCAAGGAAACACGUCUGUAGAUGUUCAAUAUUGUGAGAAGUGAAGUUUGAUUCGGAAUUAAAAUCUUCUGGGGGUUAUCAAGGUUCACCUGGUUUGUGUAACUGAGUUCCAGUUGGUGGAGAAAAUAAGUUGUAAACAAUACCAUACCUUGGUUCUUACAUGUUUGUUCGAGUGAAUUAACUCCUGUGUACUUCAUGUUUGUUAGUAUGUUGUAUCUGCUUGUUACAAACUCGAGUUCGUGUAUAUUUACAGCUGCAGUCUUUUCAUAUGUUAAUCAAAUGCAAGUACUAAAAA